UCUUAACCAUUUUUUCUUUGUUUUCCGUUAUAUUCGUUAACUCGCUCAGGGGAAUGCUCAAAUAGCUUGCUUUUUUUUUUUUUUUAAUACUCAAAUCCACAUGGAGCAUGAACGGCCCCGGCUUUCAAGUUUAAACUGAAAUUCUGGUUAGCAGCAUGAAGCGUCUGGAAACUGCAGCAUUUACCCUGCUUCGCACUUAGAAACACACAGUUUCUUUUGAGGUCCCUUCUUGUCCUUGCCUCAUCUGGUGCUGCUUUAGUAUUCAAUAUGGCCUAUGAGAUAAGCGAGAUAAAGAAGGCUGGCAUUGGCCUAAUUGGCUUUGGCAUCUUUUUCUCAUUUCUUGGCAUACUUCUUUUCUUUGACCGUGGUUUGCUUGCUCUGGGAAAUAUAUUCUGGUUGGCAGGUGUGGCACUUUUGCUUGGUUGGCGUUCCACAUGGAACCUCUUCACCAACAGAGCAAACUAUAAGGGUUCUGUAUCAUUUCUUCUAGGGCUCUUCUUCAUUUUUGUUAGGUGGCCCAUACUUGGUAUAAUACUUGAAAUAUAUGGUUGUUUUGUUCUCUUCAGUGGUUUUGGGUCAUCUAUCAAAGUAUUCCUCUAUCAUAUUCCUUUUGUCGGAUGGAUCGUACGGUACCUGUCUCCUUCCUAAUCGCCUUGUCGGAGCUCGGAAAGGGACAAAAUGCCUCUGCUAUUUGAUGUCUGUCCAACAAAAUGGGUUGCGACCUCGCUUGUUAUAUUUUCGUUCUCUGACUCUGACAUGUGAAUACGAUGGAAAGAACACAUACCUUUUCUCAAGAAUGCGCUGAAGCAGGUGUCCAAUAGUCGCUCCCCUUUAAAAAAAAAAAAAUCAUGAAAAGUUUGUCUCCAUGUGUUCUCAAACAAAGGCACUGAACUUUCUAUAAUGUUUUGCAUAUCUGCAAAGAAUGGGAAACUCACAACGCCGUUCAUUAACCAGGGCUAGGUGAGGCGGCUACCAAUAGUCAGAUAAAGAUUCUAAUUUCACGGGUUUUGUUUGGGCCAAGUUCUCUUCCUAUGUGGUGACAUGUGUACUUGUGCUUCCCCUUCAUGGGUGUGGCGUAUUUAGAAUUGCUUCCCAAAUUCUUUCCCCCUUCACUACAAAUGAAGUAAUAAUCGUUCCAUUAUUA